AUGGUAAACCAGCCAGAGGCAGACAUGGGGUCUUUGCACAGGGGCCUUUGCAAAGAUGCAGAUGAGGCUGAGAUGCAGGAGCUGAUGUGCAGUCAAAGCUGUCCCCAAGCAGCUUACACUCGUCUGACUGUGAGUCCCAGCAGCUCUCAGUUCUUUAAAGGAGACUUUGUGUCUCUGAGCUGUGAGGAGGACGACAGCUCUGCUGGAUGGACUCUGAGGAGAAAGACAAGCAAACAACAGAGGACUCAGUGUGGAGAUGGGUGGGGAAGAUGGUCUGGUUCUUCAUGUAGCAUUAGCUACAUGGACCCAUUGGACAGUGGAGUUUACUGGUGUGAGUCCAGAGAGGGUCCCAUCAGUAACAUGGUUAACCUGACAGUCACUGGUGGAUCAGUGAUCCUGCAGAGUCCUGUCCUCCCUGUGAUGGAGGGAGAUGACGUCACUCUGCUCUGUAAAACAAAGACCACUCCCUCCAACCUCCCAGCUGCUUUCUAUAAAGAUGGCUCCCUCAUCAGGAAGCAGCCUACAGGUCACAUGACCAUCCAGCAUGUUUCCAGGUCUGAUGAAGGCCUCUACAAGUGUGACAUCAGCGGUCAUGGAGAGUCUCCAUCCAGCUGGAUCACUGUCACAGACAAACACACCACCACACCUCCACCUACAUCCACAACUCUGGCUUCAUCCACUUCUCCUCCAUCACUGUCCUCCACUGCUCUCUCUGUGUUGUCAUUUCUUAAAUCGAUCUGUGGGUUCUUACUGGUGUUACUGGUUCUGUUAGGGAGGACACGUGUUCACAGGAAAACUGAAGUUGCUGUCUCCCCUGUCGGCUAUAUCCCCGUGUCCAGUCAGUGUCUGUGUCUGCCCUGGUCCCACAUCUCUGUCCCCCCUGUUGCAGUGCCUGCCUAUGAGUCUGUGUCUGCCUGA